CCAUAUUUUGCCAAUCUAUCAGCUUCAUGUGUACUAGUAGAGUCAGUUUUACCUUUUUAUUUUGCAGGAUACGUGUACAUCAUUUUCAAGUGCAGCUGGGUAGGUUAAUAGGUGUCAUUUUGAAAAUUUACACGUGGGAAGGAUAGGGAUAACUAAGAUCCAAGACAUAAAGUGCCGCAGUUACAGAAACACAUUGAGAAACCCCGAGAAAAUCCAAGAGCAUAAUUGAAUAAAGAACUAUGGAUAAUGGAAAAAACGUUGUUAAGGCAUGUUCAGUGCUUAAAGCGUCACAUUGUUCAAGCCUAGAAGACACAAAUCACGAUUUUAGACAAAAUUCAACAGUAUUUGCCAUGUAUGAGAAGGAUACAAAAGCUAUCAUGCCAUUGUCCAGCUUAGACCUUUUGACCAGUGUGUUACCACCGACUCCAGAAGAUUCACUUAGUGUAGCGUUAGGGCAUGAUGAAGGAUUCUUGUUCGAAGACAUCAUUGCAGAAUCAAGUACACCUGGUAAUAUACCAAGCAUCUUGAAUUGUCGAGCAGAUUUAGAUUUGUAUUUUCCUGUUGAUGUACAGCUACAACCACACGUCGACACAAUGCUUUCAUCACAUCCUAGUUCGCAGACUAAGCAAGCUGACGAGCAAACUGUUGUACAGUUCAGAACGAUUGAUUCGCAGACCCAGACCUUCUUUCCCGAAGAGGUGACCAAAGCACAACAGACAGUAAGUUUUUCUGAAACAAACGUUAAUAAUGAAAGUGAAAUUUAUUAUCAAAAUGAAUGUACAGACAGUGCAGCGUCAGGUUCACACUAUGGUGCGAUAACAUGUGAAGCUUGUAAAGGAUUCUUCAGGCGUUACCUUCAAAAGAAAAAAGAAUUCAAAUGUACUAAGGGAGGAAAAUGUGAAAUUUCUAGUGGUAAAAAGGGGAAUUGUUCAGGAUGUAGGUUAAAGAAAUGCCUUGCUCUUGGGAUGUCAAAGGAGAUGUCAAAGUUAGGAAGGUACACUCUUGCGAAAAGGACAGAAGCAUUUAUCAACAUGAAACGACUAGAAGGAAAUGAAGCAUGUGAUUCAGUUACAGACGAAAGCGUAGUGCUUGUUGAAACUGGAAGUGAUGCAAAUAGCUGCAAUCUAGAAAAACAUGUGAUAAUGCGACAUCUUGUACAGAAUACAAAAACAGCAAACAUGUCUGGUGGCUUCAGUGAUAUGCUCGUUGUGGAACUUGUUCAAGCAAUGGAAGAAUUAGAACCUUACGGCCCAAAUGUAAAGACAAAGGAACAAAUCAAUGAACAGCACAUACAUCAAUCUGAAAGGUACAAGCUAAAAACUGAACUCUUUGGUAAAAUGAACAGGAUACCUAAGGAUGAAUAUGAUAAAUUGUAUAAGGAAUUUGGUAUUGAUAUAGAUGGUAGGAUAGCUGAUAUGAAAAUAGAAUAUGAAGAUAUUGAAGAUGAUAUGGCUCGUUAUUGUAACUUUGCAAAGCACAUUCCAGAAUUUUACAAUCUCCCUUUGCUUGACCAGUCAAAUCUAUUAAAAGCUUCUUUAACGGAUUUUUACAUUGUUGUCAUGGUUGACGCUUACAACGACGAACUUCGGACAAUCAUAAGUAAAAAUGGACAUGGCUAUCAUUUUGACGAGAUGGCUGAUAGAGAAUAUUCUGCAAAAUUGCUGUCAUUGAUGAAAGAUGUGUUUUGUCGCCUGCAAAAUCUGGAUCUUAGCAAAUCAGAAACUGCUUUGCUAGCUGCUUUAACUUUGGUCUCCACUGAUCGAUGCAAGCUUCAAAAUCGGGCUCUUGUAGAAAAGAUACAGUUGGCUAUUACAGAAUUGCUUCAACUGGAGAUAAAGAAAAAGCAAAAGCAAGCAGCUCGGAGCAGAUUCACAAAGAUUAUUGACUCUUUAACAUACAUGCGAGAGAUGUCUGACGUUUUAACGAAGGAAAACAAUCUGUUAUUUAAAGAUGAAGUUUUGAUUCAAGAAUUCCCAUUUUUAGUAGACUUUAUUAUUGAAGAAAAUUAACUAAACACUUAUUCGCAGAUCGAAUGAAAAGAUUCGCGAUCUUAAAGUAGUGAACCCGUAAUGACAAUCAUCAAUUUUCAACGGAUUAUCUAUUCUCCGUAUGCUUUUUCGGCAUUCAGCCAUAACAAUAACAGAAAAUUAUUUUACCUAACAUGGAACGUAAAAUGCCGAUUGUCACUACGGGUCCACUAACUUAAAAAUACGUAUCAGUGUGUCAAGAAUAAAGUGUCUUGCACAGAGAUAUAAGAAAAGGUUAAAUAAAACAUACGUAUAACUAACCUCCUUAAGACUAAAGAUUAAAUUUAAAUGUGUAUGUAAAGAAAACCAGCAUUUUUUUGCUGUUUAAAGAGUUGACGUAAUUAUUGAAAACAAGGAAAUAAUGUUCCAGCAGUAUCUGCCAGUGAUUAAUUUCAAUUACCCUAAACAUAAUUUCAUUUCGUUUCAAAUUCAUCAGCAUAAUUAAGGCCUAGGCUCUGUUGCCCUGGUAUUACAAUAUCUAGAUAUUUCACAUUUGCUUUGUACAUGUAUAUGUUUGCUUUUGUUUUGGCAUUUUUGUUACACUAAGAAAUAAAAAGCACGAGAAAACAAAUGGUACUUUUGCUCUGACAACUUCUCUGUUGAAAGAUGUUUUCUGAUAUUUUAUGGUAUUUUAUUUUGGUCUUGUGUAAGGUGAAUAGCAAAUAAAAUAUUUAGGAGAACAUUUAGAAGCAUAGACUGCAACCAAGCAAAGUAAUCCCAGAGUUGGUUUAAUAUAGUUUGUUCAUUAGAGGUAAUUAUGUGUGCAACUCUCAUCAAAAUCCUUGACACAGACUGUGCCAGAAACUGUUUUAUGCAGUUUCAUUUAAUGCACUGCAUAAUACUUAAAGAUCAGAAAAUAUAACCUCACAGAAUACAUUAUUUUGCAGCUCGAAUAUUCGGUGAAAGUGUCUUAUACAAGUUUACCCUUAUCAUAAUGAAUACGAUUGAUUCUGCCUUUGGGAUUAGUGUAGAGCAUAUUCGUGCAGUCUAAUCAAGAUCUGUACUGUUCGCCAUUCAGUUAGUAUCUUUUUGGUAUGCACCCCUUUUAACAGUUAAUGGUACUAUCCAAAUUGAAAGAUGGACAAGUUCAUUAUAGAAAUUUAGCAGGGUAAAGGAUAUGUAAUCUUACAAACUACAUGUAUAUGGUUGGUAUAUAUGUAAAUUAAACGACGGAGCGGAAUACUUAAAAUAUCACUACAACUCGUCGUAUUUACAUUAAUCUUGAAGACUGCUCCCUUCAGAUUGAUUUAAUACUUUCGAUACAAAGCGCUCUUUCAUUUCAAGUACACAAUAUAUUUGCAAGUAAAGAGAAUAUCUAUUUUGAAUACUUGUACCGAAACAGUUUUAUGUGUAUCUUUAUUUCUAUGCACUUCGAGAACUUUCGCUUGUAACCCUUAAUUUGGUUUAUACAAAAAACAGUCAUUGUACACGUGUAGUCCGUUAAUACGAAGGAAAACAUUUUUUCUGUGUUAGUCAAACAAUAAAAGAAUGUUGUAAGAUAAGAAGUUAGCUUGCUCAAAACAU